CAAUUAUUCACUAAAUUAUAUCAUUAGCACUAAUAUUGAUAUAUACCGUAUUUUUUUAAUUUUAAUUUUUUAAUUUUUGCUAACUUAAAGAUUGUUGAGCAAUACCUUAAAAACUAUAUUAACAAAAUUUUGGCAACGAAUUCAAAAUAGGAUUAACAGACAAACAAAUAUUUUCAGAUUGUUUUGUAGAACUUCAUAAUAUACGGAUUAAUUUACUAAUACAGAGUGCGAAACAUAAACACACAAAAAAUGUCUGAAAAUCGGGUGCUUUUGGGGGGUUUGAAGACCAAAAAUAUUGUAAUCAGAGAAUUCUUAUCUGAAUUCAUCGGGACUUUAAUUUUAGUCUUGAUGUGCAACUGUUCAAUUGCGGUCCAAGUGCUCAGUCGGAGACCACAUCUUGAUUUAAAUUCAGUGGGAAUUGCCACAGGAGUGGGUCUUAUGAUUGCAGCCUAUUUAGGAGCAAAAGUUUCCGGUGGACAUGUGAAUCCUGUGGUCACUUUAGCGGUGGCAACAUUGGGAAAGUUUCCUUAUAGAAAAAUUCCCCAUUAUUUCAUAGCACAAUAUUUAGGAGGUUUUGUCGCUUCAAUAUUAGUGUAUCUCAACUUUUAUUCUGCUAUUAAUGAAUACGAUGGGGGAAUACGUUCAGCAUUUUUCAAUAGCACCAGUACUGCAGGUAUUAUGACAACACAUCCAACAUUAAAUUUGACGCCAUGGGGUGCUUUGUGUGAUCAAAUAAUAUCAGUGGCUUUACUUCAAUUUGGGAUUAUGUGUCUAAUUGAUCCCAAGAACCAGAACGUACCAAAACCAUUGAUCCCAAUAGCUUUCUCACUAUUAUUAGCGGCACUUAUUAUGGCAUUUGGCCAUAACUGUGGACCUGCACUGAAUCCCGCCCGUGACAUACCCGGCCGUAUAUUUGCUAUUAUUAUUGGCUAUGGUUCAGAUGUAUGGGGCCCUCAAAGUUUCGUUUAUUGGAUUAUUGGAGGAUUAAUUGGACCACAUAUCGGUGCUAUAAUCGGUGCCUGGAUUUACUAUCUUCUAAUUGAAUUACAUUUGGAAGAUGACCAACAAUUAGAGAGAAAGGAAGACGUUUUGCUUCAAAAGAUAUCUGAAGCAUAAAAUGAAAAAAUUAGAAAAACAAUAUUCAAUAGUAUCAUAAAGUGGUAAAUCAUAACAAAAUCAAUUAUAAUUUAAUAUAAUCACAUAUAUUGUGAUCUUAAUAUUAGUUUUGC